CACGCAUAAAAGGGCCGCCGUCCGUUCCUUCUUGAUCGUCUUCUAGGGUUUAGCUGCCGCGAAGAGGAAGAGGGAGAGAGUGAGCGAAGAUGAAGACGAUCCUCUCCUCCGAGACGAUGGACAUCCCCGACGGGGUAAGCAUCAAGGUGAAUGCCAAGAUCAUUGAGGUUGAAGGUCCUCGGGGGAAGCUCACCCGCAACUUCAAGCACCUCAACCUCGAUUUUCAGUUAAUAAAGGACGAGGAAACCGGGAAGCGGAAGCUGAAGAUCGAAGCCUGGUUCGGCUCUCGUAAGACCUCUGCCGCCAUCAGGACUGCCCUCAGUCACGUCGAGAAUCUCAUCACCGGCGUCACCAAGGGCUACCGCUACAAGAUGCGGUUCGUGUACGCUCACUUCCCCAUCAACGCGAGCAUCACGAACAGCAACAAGUCCAUCGAGAUCCGUAACUUCCUUGGAGAGAAGAAGGUGAGAAAGGUUGAUAUGCUUGAAGGAGUAGCGGUUGUCCGUUCUGAGAAGGUUAAGGAUGAGUUGGUUGUGGAUGGAAAUGACAUUGAACUCGUCUCCCGAUCUUGCGCCCUAAUAAACCAGAAAUGUCAUGUCAAAAACAAAGAUAUCAGGAAGUUCCUGGACGGUAUCUAUGUCAGUGAGAAGGGGACCAUCCUCGGGGAAGACUGAUCAGAGAAGAUUGAUAGCGUUUAUGUCUUGUAUUUAAUUCGGAUCGAUAUCUUCCCAUAUGCAGUUAUUUGUUCUUUCUAUGGAUAAGUUAAUGUGGACAAAGGUGUCAAGCGCAUCUGAGAUAGUACUUUCAAUUUUGUGCUAUGAAAGUUUCGCUCCAAAUGAUUUGGUUUGUUUUCUCAAAA